AUGAAGACUAUAUCCCGCAUAGUUGGCUACUACCACGGUAUGUAUGCGGUCACAUUGCACACUGAUCUGGGUGAUCUGAAAUUGGAGGUGUUCUGCAUGCAAGCACCAUUAGCUGCCGAGAAUAAAAUGUUCGACAAUUUGAGCGCCUCGAUUUCCAACUGUAUAACCGUGGCCAAACGCUGUGCUCUUCUGAAUUGUGCUCCCAUGGGUGUUGCACGCCUCCUCACCCUGUUUGAGCGCCAAUGUGGUUCUCCCAAAAAUGUAUAUUAUUGGCCAGAGAAAGAGCGCAAGGGGGUUUUACUAAUCGAAGCCCACUCGACCGAAGCACUACACCAAGGCUUGUGUCGUAUUCCAGGCUUUGUUCGUCUUUCCGUCAACCACCACCAUGGAUCCGAGCCGAUUGAGCUUCCUCCUUUCCGACUCUGUUCCGAUCCAUCCAGAUGGCCUCUACCACCGAACAGAUUUCGUGCCACGGAACGGGAAGUAUUUGAUGGUCUCAAUUUGAGCUUGCAAAGCGGAAUGGCGUCCAGCAAAACACUACAUGCCAAACUGAUGCAUUGCAGUUCGCUUGCGGAACAGGCGACUGUCCUGCAUGAAACGAUGCAACUAACCUAUCCAGAAAUGCUCGCCCGUUUUGUGGUGAGCGACAGUCUACAGGAAAUCUUGUCGUUCCUCCGACCCGGAACGGAAGUCUCCGUCUUCGGAUCAGCUGUCGACGGUUUGGGGUCAUCUUCGUCCGAUUUGGAUUUGGUCAUCAAUAUGAGCACCAAUAUAUCCCCAUCCCUAUCCCAUAUAGUACCGUUAAAUGCCCCGAGAAGAGUCACACGCCUAAAUGCCGAUUUUCCACUUAUACCAGCCCUUCUCGCUCCUAAUUCCAAACUGAGGUCGUCUUUCUUAUUCCUACUACGUCGUCUCCUCNUGCGCCUGGAUCCACUGGGGUUUCACGGGACCAGAAUUUUUCCCGGUCGAAUUCCAAUUCUGCAUGUACCGCGUUUCAAUUUGUUAGGGGUCGGACUUGAUGUGUCUCGCGUGUUCGAAGGUUUGCCCGAAACCGGACGAACGGUGAAUUUUCACGAUGGACGAACCAUGGCUUCACUGAUGCGUAUGCUUGCCUUGUGUGUACCACAAUUCCGCCAGUGUAUCUCAGUCCUCAAGUUUAUCUCACGUCGUGGUGAACUAACACGACAAGGACCGAGUCCGGGUUUCACAAAUUUCAAACUGACUGUGCUUUUCAUUCAUUUUCUACAAGCUCAUGGUUAUGCACCAUCAUUUGAUCGACUAACGGCAUUGCGUGAUAGUCUAUUGACACACUCAUCUCCGGAUCCACUGUUGUUAGAAGGUCUUUGUCCGGUGCCUUCGAUCGAUGUGCUUCUGGAACAAUUUUUAACUUACAUUCCAACUAUCAACCCGUCCCAUUUUCUGAUGAGUUUAAGCGCGGGUCGUCUGAUUUCACGAACUGCAGCCGAGCCCCUACUGGAGUCAUGUUUACGGUUCAACACGGAUUCGGAUAGCGAUGAUCUGGCCUCAUUUGGUGACUCAUUUUCCGAUCAAGACUAUCUGAUUUGUCCGAAUCCCAUCCAUCCCUGUCACAAUAUGUUACGUGGUAUAGACGAAGCCGACUGGGCUCUGCUUGCCUGUACGUGUGAACAAUGGCUUAAAGAUCUACGCACACAUUCCCAAGGUCCUUCCCCAUGGGGUUUGUUAGCACUGAGAAAAUUCCCCUCCACUUCCAAGUCUGAGUCUAAAACUAGUCCCUUAGUGGUAGAUAGUUCCGAAUCGUGUGAUUUACAUUCAUCAAUAUCACACAGAGGAUACCGAUAUUAG